AUGGGCCAUGCUUGGCUUGACUCCCUCUCUGAGGACUGGGUGUCCCAAAAUGGCUCCGACACAUCGCAGUGCGCAGCCGUAGAGUCUACCACGAUUUCCAGAAAGCCGAACGAGACAGUAUCCAGCACUCAGUCAAGCCCCGGCCCUUCACCCGGUUCGGUCAGACAAUUCCCGUCGGUGUCUCCUGCGAACAGCAGUAAUGUUCUCAGCCAACGAAGCGCAAAUGAAAUCAACAUACUCAGCUCGCGCCCCAAGCAGUCGAAGCUGCCGGGAGAGUUGAAAGUCCAAGACCAAGACAAGCUCUCCCAGCGGUCAGGAUCGGCGUCUGCGGCAGGAUCUGUGGUGCACAACACGGUCGAGCGCAAACCGUCGGGCACAUCUCCGAAUAAGGGUGGCACUCCGGAGUGGAGGCGGAGACUCGUCGAGGGUGCCUUGGGAUUUGGAGAACAGCGAGACCUAUUCAGCCCUACGCGCUUGGGCCUGGAGAACAUCUUCCAGCCACCAGCAGCUCCCGCCAAAGUGGAGGUGUCUGUGGCGGCCGAAGAAGAAGAGCAACAGGAUGAGGGGCAGAGAGGAACAGAACAGGCGUUCGAAGAUUUUAAGGUAGUCGAAGCUGGUGGGCAAGAGCCCCAACAUGACGAGUCACGACACGAUACCACGUUACCGUCCAGUCCGCCGGUGAGUCAGCGGCACUACGACAUGUCCUACGAUAGCGUUGAUGGCUGUCCGGCGCCAGAACUUCCGCAGCAGCCCCGGCAAUUUAUGCUACGAAUAGAGGACCCUAGCGACAUGCCAGUGAUUGAAGAGGCAGACUGUAGUGCCCAUAGUGUCCAAAGUGACCGGAAUGCUGGCAUCGACAGAAGUGGCCAACAUGUGAGCGAGCCGGCAGAAGCAGACACAACAGGAGGGCUUGCAGUUUCCGAGGAAAACCACGUUUUCAUGCCGAUGAAACAAGAGUCGAGAUUUACGAGUGGGCAGAGUGUGCUUCGCAACGAAAGUUUUAGUGCUAUUCUCAUCUCGCCGGAAAAGGGGGACAAGGACGGCAGUGGCGCUGUGUUUGGGCAAGUCGAGCUUCCGCCCGGCGAACUGAAGCGGCGGCUGGAGAAUCUGCGCUGGAACCAGGUAGCCCUGACGGACAAGGCUGGCGAGAACAUGGCGCAUGACGAGUCUAUCGGCCUGGAUACAAAGCUCCGGAACCCAGAGAGCACGGAGGAGUACGAGAAAAUGGGUGGAUUUAUCAACUUUAGGAGGGGUGGCCGGUCUUCCGAUGGCUCAUUUCGCAUCCGUCUGCUGAGUCCAUCUCUGGAGGCAGACACGUCAGAGAUGCUCCCCGAGGAGUCUCUCCAAGCCAGCACGCCCAAACAGUUUCCUAGCAUCCGGUCAGAGAAGACAACAUUGGAGAGGCAGCACACUCCCAUGCUGCCGCGUGCACCCAAUCCAAGCCCAGCGAAGCCGUUGAGCGAACCCCAGUCACUCUUCUCAACUUCUGGCAGUCCCCUCAAGCUAUUUGGGCCGUACGACACGUUUACAAAUCAAACGUUGAUGCGGAGGAUCAGCCAAUUUGAAGACCAGCUGUCCAACGGCUCCCAAUUAUCUGCCGACCUCUCGGCCUUUCGCGAAGCAGACGAUCAGUCUAAACUAGACAUGUCGUCAGUCAUCAGCGGCAGUCCACACCGGCUCAACAUGGAGCCUACCCAGGCGUCCCGACAGAGCUCAGCUCACUUCGGAAGUGGCGAGCUGGACGGGUUUUCAUUCAGCGAAAACGGACCGGACGAGGAGGCCGUUCCGAUCCGUAAAAUGAAGCUUUCUCGCGAGAAAAUUCCAAAGCUGCCUUUCUAUGUGGGACGAUCGGGUGCGCUGCCAGAGAGCGAAGGCGAACUGCAUGUCCAUCGACAGCGAGUGAGCGGAACGAAGAGCUCUGUAAGACCACACUCGACCGAUCUAGCUGAGUUGCGGGCAUCGCCGGAAACGCCACGACGAUUUGCAUCUGGGUCUGAAAAGAGGCUGCGGACGUCGCCGUUUAAAGAUUCUACGCCCAAGCGGAGACGCACGCUGCACAAGUCGGAUAUUGCAUUUGGGAUCGAAUGGCCGCAGACGGCUUUGAGCUCUGUGCGUGCGACACAUGCGAAGACGCAGUCCGCUGUGGCGAGAAAACGCCGGGAAGCUCGCGAGGAGGACGAGUUUCAGUCUGCAGAGCCCGAUGUUCUCGCGAAUCGUCAGAUCCGAUGGCCCCUCGCACCCUCGUCUAGCGGAAGGACAUCAACGAAUCCAAGCCAGAAUUCGGCAGAUGCCGACGGGCAAGACGACGACUCGCGUGCCGACAUGGAUGCCAAUGAGAACUGGGAGGGUUCGGCGAACAGCAGUCAGGCGGGUCCUGCGACAGGCGCCCAUAUGGAUAGCGACCGGAAGCCAUCCAUUAGGACGGAGGACUUUAUGAACGAAGCGAACAAGAUCAUGGCAAUGCUGCGAAACCGUGGGGGCGGGAUCCAGAGCGGACUGGCAAGCUUGGAAGAGUCGGAGAUGGAGACGCCGGUGAUCGCAGAGAAAGCGGAUGAUGACUCUGACGGCUCAUCUCAACAGUCGACACAGGAGCCGUUCUCACGACCACCGAGCCGCGAGGGCAAGCCGGUGCCGCGGGUGACGAGGAUACAGGAGGAUCCUGAGGUGAUCGCGCGACUGAAGCAGUACGCAGAGCGCAGCGACCUGGCCGAUCUCGUGUCGUCGACGACGCGGUCUAUCCAUCUUGACAGUGAGACGAUCAGUGACCCGCCGAAUAUGCGAAUAUCAGAGGGCCCAAGACGGCGACGAAGCGAGUCGCCGAGUGCGCAGUCUAGUCUGCGAGACGGCAUGACAUCGCAGCUGUCACAGGGAUCUGUGGGGUCGGACUUCUCUAGGCGAUCGUUUCCGUCGGGAUCAUCUCACGGCUCUGAGUCGCGAAAGACAAUCGCGCCAGACAAGGUAUCGCACCUGAUUCCGGACCAGGUCGGCAACAUGAUGCUGGACAGGGACAACAACAUCUGGAUCAAGAGGAGGAACGGCAGCUCGAGCCAGUUCUCGGGCAAUUUUCAUUCUCUGCCGUCGGAUUGCAGCGAAGACGACCCGUUUGCAGACAUUCCCGAUCUCUCGGUGGAUGUGACAAUGGAGCUGCACAACCUGAGAAGCGUGUCUGCAUCGGCGGCACAGGAAAGCGCAGGCAUGUCUACGACACCGACGCAGAGCCCGACGAGGCGUUCGGGGCCGACGCUCGUGACCAAGUCUGACUUUGCAGCCGCACCGUUGCAAGACGGGGAUGACGGAGCGGUCGAACACGAAAUAAGCAUCGAUGAAGGCCGUGGACCGCAGUCGAUGGCGCUGAAGAGACGGCAGCUGGCGAUCAGUUUCUCGUCGCCGAUAGCGUCCUUUAUCCAGGACUUUGUGGCAGACGAGGACGAGGACGACUGCAGACACGGAGGCAUAGCGGAGCGGAACGAGAGCACGACAGCGACUGAGGACGGAUCAAUACCAGCGGUGCAGCGUGGACGGGAACGGACUGUCUCGGUGCAGCUGAAGCGCACAGACACGCCGUCCAGAUCGCGGAGCACAUCGCGGGGGCCGUCAAGAAGAUUCUCGCUGGCCGGACGAGCGUUUGUGGCACGGCCGAUUUCGCGAAUCGAAGAGAGAGAGGAAGACAGCACAGAGCGGCGACUCGACGCGACGUCUGACCAGCAUGAAGCCAAAACAGGCAGCGAGAGCAAAGAACAAGGGACUCCACGGCGGCAACGAACAAACAUCAGCGUGCUGGUGACGACCCCAGGCGAUCGGACGAUGGACGCGCUGGCGGGACGAGGCGACGACGAGGAGGUGAUGGCACAAUACGUGGGGAUGAUGUCGCUCAGUCCGAUGUCCGAAUUCACCAUCCACCACGACCGGUCUCUGGCGCUCGAGGCGAGCUACGUGCGUGGGGCACGACACCUGGUGACGGGAGACGAGUCGACGGCAGUGAUGUCGCAGAGCCUGCAGAGCCUGGUGAAGCGAUUGGCAGAGGUAGAGCCGUCAGAGCCGUUCUGGGAAGACCUGGAGGAACUGGACGUGCAGGACAAGCGGCUGGAGAGUCUGCACAAGCUAGACGAGUUCUGCCCGCAGCUGGUGACACUGGACGCGGCAGGAAAUGCGCUGCGCAACCUCAAUGGGGUGCCCGUGUCGGUGCGACAUCUCAAGGUGGUGGGUAACCAGUUGUCGGAGCUGACGUCGUGGGUGAGCCUGGCGAACCUGCAGUAUCUGGACGUGUCGAACAACGCGGUCAAGACGCUGGCAGGGCUGAAGAACCUGGUGCAUCUGCGGGGACUCAAGGCGGACAACUGCAGCUUGACGGACCUGGACGGCAUCAAGUACCACGACGCUCUGCUGACGCUGCGAGCACGAGGCAACCAGAUCCGGGCAGUGGACUUUUCGGGGACACGGCUACAGCGACUGGUGGAACUAGAUCUGGAAGACAACGAGAUCGAGACGGCGAUGCGGCUGGAGCAGCUGGGCGCUCUGACAACACUGAAUCUACGGCGAAACGGACUGCGGCAGUUCGGAGCAGAUGUCAACUGGGUGCUGCCACAACUGCGGACGCUGAACGUGAGCGACAACCGACUGACGUCACUGGAUGUUCGAGGGCUGCCAUCGCUGCGAACGCUGCACGCAGACCGCAACCGGUUGUCGAGCGUGCGCGGCUUUUCGAAGACGGCGCGUCUGGACAGCGUGUCGCUGCGGGAACAGCGGCUGGCAUCAUCGGAGCGUCUGAGCCUCUCGUCACUAUACCACGCGUACGAGAUCCGCAAGCUGUACCUGUCGGGCAACCGGCUGGACAAGUUUGAUCCGCCCGUGGACUUUCUGAACCUACAGCUGCUGGAGCUGGCCAACUGCGGGUUGACGGCGCUGCCGCACGAAUUUGGGUUGACGACGCCGAAUCUGCGCAAGCUGAACGUCAAUUUCAACGGCAUGACAGACCUGCGCUGUCUCGAGGGCAUUUCGCGGCUGAAGAAGCUGCAGGUGGCGGGCAAUCGGCUGGCCCAUGCAUACACGGCCAUCCAGGUGCUGGCGGGCUUUGCGCACCUCGUGGAGGCCGAUUUGCGGGACAAUCCGCUCUCGCAGGGCUUCUACCCGCCUCCGGUGCAGGUGGUGGUGUCGAGCGUCUCGGGGAGCGUCUCGGGGAGUGUGUCGGGGAGCGUCACGGGCAGCGUGCUGGGAAGCGUCACGGGGAGCGUGUUGGGGAGCGUAUGCAGUGACGUUCCGACCGAGCCGUUUUCGCUUCCGACUGCAGACGAGGCACAGGACCAGGCAUACUGCCAGAGGCUGGACCUGGCGACGGCCAUGCGGCGACGCGUCUACGAGCAGGUGGUGGGCGAGGCGUGCCGGAAGCUGAAGCAUCUGGACGGGCUACCGGUGAGGCGGGAUCUGGGCGAAGUGCGAGAUGCCGUGUGGGAGGCGUUGAAUGCGAAGGGCAUUAUGGGAGAGCGGGCGAGAGAGUGUGCGAGCGAGCGGACGAGUUCGCGAAUGAGCCGGAGAGCAAGCACGACGACGGACGGAAGUCGAUGGGGAGCCGAGGAUACGUUUGCAUAG